AUGAUGGAGAAUCCCGUAUCGUUGUUGUGGAACGGUGGUUUGGAUUUUGGUGAACCACCUAAACUCUGUAACCUAACCCAUCGGUUGACAACACCGUCACCCCCAGUAAACAAGAAGAUCUUCGAAGCCUUUUCCAACGAUCCUGUUGAAGAAACUGGUGAAACCAAUCCACUUGCCAAGUAUUUUUCAACGCGAAGAAAUACAUCAUCUACCUCAAAGGAAGCGGCUACUCCAACACCGUCACCAUCAGUAAACAAGAAGAUCUUGGAAGCCUUUUCCAACGAUCCUGUUGAAGCAACUGGUGUAACCAAUCCACUUGCCAAGUAUUUUUCGACACCAGCUCCGGAAGUUAAAACAACUGUUAAGGUUGAGAAGUUUGUUGAAGUUAAAGCACCAACUUCAACCCUUCCACCAGACGAAUACGUCGUUGAACAAGUUGUUGAAAACUUAGAUCAAUCAGCCAUUGAAGUUGGACCAACAUCACCAACUUCGACACCUCCACCAGACGAAAACAUCUUGAGGUCCGUUGCAAAAGAUUUAGUUCAAGCAGCUAUUGAGACCAGCAAAGAAGAGUUAAUAUCCGAGCAAAUAUCGCGUUUUGAUUCAUCUGCCUCUCAAGUUAAGAAGUUUGUAGAAGUUCAGGCGUUAUUAUUAAAAACGUCGACUUCGACCGUUCCACCAGACGAAUACAUCUUGAGGGCCGUUGCUAAAGACCUAGUUCAAGCAACUAUUAAAGCAAGUCAGGUGGAUUUAUUCUCCGAAGUAACAUUGUUAGACAGCUCCUCCUCAGAUCAGCCUUGUAAGAAUAAGAUGUCGAACAAUCAACACUCGUCGGCACACGAGUUCUUUGACAGCUUUGGUUCAUCCGAUUCCGGCACUGCACCCUUUCAUCGUGUUGACCACAGUUUCUUUACGCCUAACAAGAAUCAAACAUCGUUCCCGGCCUUGCCACCAACAUCGAAUGCAGCCGAGCAACGUUUCGUAUCGCCAGCGACAAACGCUCAAAAUUUUGAGCCAGCAAAUCUGAGCGCGUAUGCACAUCCACGUCAAAAUGUAGGAGACCACGCCAUGUCGAUGCAAGAACCAUCAUAUGGGGCACAGGAGCGAUAUUCAACAGCUCAACUCUUUAGUGAAGCUGGUGCUUCAACUACUAAAGAAACACCUCAUGCCAAACAGCUCUCGGAUGCUGAGAACCAUGCAACAUUGACUCCACCAUCUUACGGGUCAAAUUUGCCAGAACAGCCUUCUGCCCAUACUGGAAACGACCUGUUUAACGUGGCAAAAUCAUCUACUCCUGGUGGUGGAACGUCACAGUUGUUUUCCGGGCAGCACCAGAAUGAUCCUUUCAAAGCUGGUGCUUGGACGUCAACAGAGGACCUAGCUGAGAACCAAUCUGCGGCACAGAAUUCCAUUCCAACAUCUUCAUCGUAUGCACCAAUGGCAGGCUAUCCUGGAGAAACCCAGUCGGCACAAAGGAAACUUGCUUCAUCCCUCACGUCUGACAAUGCCGUUAAUUCUGAAGCGUCUCAGCCUGGAUUUUCUAUAAACAACGAGGAAAAUAAUCACGUUUUACGUUCAGACGUUGUACAACCUGAUACACCGCAGUUGGGACCAAGCAGCAUGGUACCUUUUACUAGUAAAGAACAACUGCCCAGUAACCAUCAAACAGCAUGGCAACCGGCUACUCAGCCAUUUGAUUCGCAGGCAUCAAGCGACGAUGUCAAGGCUGAACCAACUCAGUGGGACGCUAUUGAUCCUCACGGUACUCCACGGAAUACCCAACAAGCAUCAACAUUGCAACAAACAAGUGGACCAGUAUAUGUGGGUGAAAAGUCCAGCGGGAUUUUUUAUACUCACCCAUCGUCAAACGAUCAGUCAGCACAAUUUGGUAACCAUGGUGCUGGCACUAUCGGUUCAGCUAAUCUUGAAUCAAGUUUACCCAAUUUGGAAACCAUGACCGCUCGUGACGAUGAAUCUCGUGAUGGUAAUUCACUAUCAGGUCACCAGGAAGUUCCAGCAUUUGGUCACGAGCGAGUGAAUUCACUCAAUACAAGUGAUCCCAAACUUGAUACACCUCCGGCUAACACAAGCACCAUCAUCUCCAAUGAUGACCUAACAUCGGGCAACCAGCAAGCACUCUCCAGUCAACAUUUGGGUGCUUCGGUUACCAUGUUUCCUGUUGGUAUGACACCACAGAACACCAAUAAAGCAUCUAUUGCUUCGACCGAGACCAGAGGGAGUCAACAACUGGAUACCGUCGACCCGAACCAGCAUCCGUCGGCCUUUAUGCCAGUGAAGCCAAACUUCCCGAGCUCCCAAGACUACGAAGAAAGAGUUCGGGAAUCGUGGAAAUCAGUUUGUUCCAGUUUCCAGCCAUGA